AGCGCGGGAAGUGUCAACACAUUUCAGAAUUUCCUCUAUAGUUUAAAUUUACACCUACCUAAAAUCUACCGAUUAAUUCAUUACUGUUGCAUUUUAACCAAAUGUUACUCAGUAGGCCUUUGACUUGUAAUGGCACUCGCGUUUAAAAAGCUUUUAGCUGUUGAAUAAUGCCGAACAUUCUAUUUGAUGAAGGAUAUUGGACGCAUGGGCUCAGGCGCUGUAACUACGCAUCAUUUCCAGACUGGGAUUCUUAGAUUUGUUUUACAAAAUGUGAUGUUUAUGGCCAUUGAUUAAACUGAAGAUGGAGGUGGACGAUUCUGAUUCAGCAAGUAUAGAGUAUGAAUUUGAGACACAGCCAGGAAGUGUUGGUUUUAUGGUACUGGACUCGCAGUCGGAGCCUCAGGCCAAGAAUACAGAAGAGGGUGACGUGAUGCAGAUGUGGCCUGCCCUGCAGCCAAGAGAACAGAAAGAGGAGGAUGUAAAGACUUCAAGAAAAUGUAUAACCUCUGUAAUGGACACAUCUGGUGAUGAGCAAAAACCAACAGAAGCUCCACAGAUUUUAGCAACUGAGACAGAAUUAAGUGAGUCUGAGCUGGAAAAUGAAGUCACCGUGAUUGAGAAACCAGAAAAGGCAGACAGUCAAAAGCAAACAAGUAAUGAAAAGCCCUCAGCAUUGUUUAGGUCCAUGUCUCCACAGGAUAUGUUUGAAGAUGAGGAGAGAGAAGUGUGUACACCAGCAGGGUUUGUGGGGUCUCUACAUUUGUCUAAUCAGGCCAUGCUGGUCCCCGAAACUACGGAGUCUGACCCCUUCCCCUCCACCCCAGAAGAAUUUGCCGAUCUUCCAAGAAUUAUACCUAGCUCACCCACAGAUGGAUCUUUUAAAGAUGACUCUAUAGAUAACCCAGCUCACUACGACCCACAACAAGACUCCACGCUGGCAGAAGAUGUCACCGUCCUGCAGAGAACAAAGACUGAUAAACCUGGUGAACCAGAGAAGAAGACUCCAAGUUCCUCUGAGGAGAAAGAGGAAGAGGAGAAACAGACAUCCAAGUCAGAGUCCUUAGAGUAUAAUCCAAAGGGGGUGUCUACAUUGGCUGGGAAUUCAGAUGACCAAUCCCUACACCUACACUACUCUGAAACCCAGAAGUCAUCACAAGCACAGAAACACCCAGUUGAUUCAGUAGAGGUUGUUGGAACUGAGUACAUGGAUGUCAUUUCUAUCCACAGCACCGAUCCUACUGAGAUGGACCAAGUCCCAGAAUCUCAAGAGUUGUCACUGAGAUUGACUCCAUCACAGAGUGACAAGUCGGGCAAAGAAACAGAUGUGGAGGUCGUCCCUGAUAAAAACAGAACAAGGCUACCACUGGUCAAAAGUCAAGAUCUAGUCACAGAAAAGCAGACCACAAUGCAAAGGAAACAGGCCUGCCUUUCCCAGCCAACCAAACUGGACAGAAACAUGGAAGUAGAUUUGAGCAGACUUAGGAAAUUAGCUACGGAGGCUAAAAGCAAAGAAGUGGAUGUUACAUUGGCUUCUGAAUCAGAAAACUUUGCAUUGUCAUUGCCAAAAGAUGGGGAGCUUUUACAUCCCAAAAUGUCAAAUGGAAAAUUGUCCAGAUCUGGAGUUCAAAAUGAAGCAAAUCAGAGAACCAGUCAAGAAGCAAGACCUAAUCGCUACAUUCUGGAUAGUCUAGAGCAGGGACCCAGUCAAAAAGCAGGGCCGAGUCAUUACAUUCCUGAUAGUCCAGAGCAGGAAACCAGUCAUCAUCGUGUAGACCCUAGUCUAGAGAACACACCACCUGCAAUACCUGUGUCAGUGGAAUCUCAGUCCCAGGUGUCCAGUCAUAGCUUUAUGCUGCUGCAGCCAGACGUACAGAACAUAACAAUCCGGGACUCUGAGGAGACUCAGAAGAAUGUCUUCAAAAGUGUAAAAGGGAGAGAUUCUCCAAGGAAAAGACUGAUUCAAGAGGACAGUGAUGAAGAAGUAGUCAUUGUGCGGAGACAAAAAAUAUCCCGGCCAUUAAGUCAGGAUGAUUUUGAUGAGGUCACGAGUCAUAUCACAAAGUCACAGUCCAAGCAGACAGGUACCCCGGACAUCACGUCAUUGGAGAAGACAUCCCAGCCGACAGACAAGUUGGCACCAGGAGGAACGCCAUUAAGGAAGGUUCCGUCUAUUUCUAGCGAGGGUAGUCAGUCAAGGGUCUCCCUCUACAAGAAGACCUCAGUGUCAACAGAGGGGGGAUACCAAGCCAGUGUAGAGGAGGAUCACAGCACCACUCACCUGGCUGAACAGGAACUUGUCGUUCACAGCACCACUCAUGUGGCAGAUCAGGAACUUGUCGUUCAGAGCCACGAACCCCUGAUAGCCAUUCCUGUUCACAUUCCGGAAGAAGAACAAGUGGUUCAAAGCCCUGAAACUAUGAAGGUAAAUGUAACCAAAGCACAGAAGAAACGCAGACACCCAGCGAAUCCCGUAGUACAGACCCCGGUCUCUGGGAAGAAAAGAAAGUGUCUAACAAAGCUAAGGAUAGGAGGCCGAAUCAGGAAAAGUUCCCCCAAAGAAACCACAGAGGCUGUGACCCCCACUUUGUUGACGACCCCCACCGUGACUACCACUUCAUCUACCAGCGGCGAGGAAGGCUCCCAGAUCAAUAUGACAAGGCCAAGUCUGCUGUCCGAGAGGUCCACCAUCGUCCUCUCUCCACCACUGGCCCGGGCAUCAUCCCUGGAAUCAGUGCUGGCUAAGCCACCUCUGAUGUCCACAUCAGUGACUCCGACAAACAGACCAACCAGGGUCAGGACAAGUCAAACAGAACCCAGGUUCAAGGUUCCACCGAGGAGGUCAUCAGAUUUAGAUCAACAGCUGACUGCUUCACAAGACGUUGAACGCAAGACCAUCAUUGUAAAGGUCAAGCAGUUUGAAGUGCGGACAGAAAUAACAGAAAUCAUAAGGCAGGGAAAGGUGGUGUCCAAAACCGAGAAGGAGAUAGCAAAGGAGCCAGUGACCAUUAAAGUGAAGACUUAUCAGGAACUGGAGGCCUUGUCUCCUAGUACUCUGUCCCCCUCCCGCACAGGAAGUUCCUUGACCUCAGGCGACCUGGGUGACAUCAGUUCAAGUCUCUCAAAGUCAGGGUCAUCUAACGUUCCGUCUUCGUUGAGUGAACAUGAUGUACCAUCAAGGCAACCAAGCAUCUUAAGUCUGGAUGGCAGUACUGAGGUAUCACAGGUGAUCUCCCCUGUUCUGGAAUUACCAGAGCCCACAGACAGAGUUGUGGCACCCCCGCCCGUGGUUACCGGCACCACCACUCCAGUCCCCGCAGCUGCCUCUACAAGAUCGGCCUCCUUUUCUCCUAACGUCUCCACUGGGUUCAGUAUUGAUCGUGCCUCUGUCCAAGCGGAGUCAGUGGUCAGUAAACCCAGCACUAGUGCAGGUGAGUCAUGCUGCGGUGUGGUGGGAGUUUCAAAUGUACUGUAUGUGUACUUUAAAAAGCAGGCUACAUAUUCUAGUGGCUUUGGCGCUGACAGUGAUGCAACAUUUGCAGCACUAUGGCAAUAA